GAGCGCCCGCUCCUCCGCUCGCUCCUUCUGCUCUCUUUUCCAGGGUUCUGUGCCAUCUCCCCGCUUAGCCAGGUCCCCCUUUUCCCGUGCUCCCUUGACACACACGGAAGCCGCUCCCGUACCUGACUGGCCAAACCCAAGCGUUCCCGAUUCUCCCUUUUACAGCUCUCGCCCCUCCAGGGCCGACGCUAGAGAAAGACUUUACUCCAGGGGCUUCUUCCUCAUUGGGGAAUUGCUGGAAAGAGCAAACAAAAAGGCGCUGGUGUAGGCUCCAAAAUAAACAUCUGAAUUCGUGAUGGCAUCGACAGAGGCUCUUAAUGGAUUAAAAGUUUCAAAACAAACAAUAACGCUUUGGAAAAAGGGUUGAAUGUCUGCCUGUACUUCCAGGCAUGACCAUGGAGAAAAGUGGGAACAUACAAUUGGAGAUCCCCGACUUCAGCAACUCUGUUCUGAGCCAUCUCAACCAGCUGCGAAUGCAAGGCCGGCUCUGUGAUAUCGUGGUCAACGUGCAAGGACAAGCUUUUCGGGCUCACAAAGUAGUUCUGGCUGCCAGCUCUCCUUAUUUCCGGGAUCACAUGUCCUUGAAUGAAAUGAGUACUGUGUCCAUUUCUGUCAUCAAGAACCCUACUGUUUUUGAACAGCUCCUUUCUUUCUGUUACACAGGACGGAUAUGCCUGCAACUAGCAGAUAUUAUCAGCUACCUAACAGCUGCUAGUUUUCUGCAGAUGCAGCAUAUUAUAGACAAAUGUACACAGAUCCUAGAGGGCAUUCAUUUCAAAAUUAAUGUGGCUGAGGUGGAAGCAGAAUUAAGUCAAACAAGGACAAAGCACUCAGAGAGACCUCCAGAGUCUCACAGGGUUACACCACCUCUCAACCGCUCACUUAGCCCACGACAUAAUGCUGCAAAGGGAAACUGGAGAGGACAGGUCAGUGCUGUGCUGGAUAUCAGAGAGCUCAGUCCCCCUGAGGAGUCCACCAGUCCUCAGAUAAUUGAGCAGAGUUCUGAUGUAGAGAGCCGGGAGCCCAUUCUUCGAAUCAACAGGGCAGGUCAGUGGUAUGUGGAAACAGGAAUAGCAGACCAAGGGGCGCGGAGCGGUGAUGAAGUUAGGGUUCUUGGAGCAGUGCACAUCAAAACUGAAAAUCUGGAAGAGUGGCUUGGGCCCGAGAAUCAGCCUUCUGGAGAAGAUGGAAGUAGUGCAGAAGAAGUCACGGCCAUGGUGAUUGACACCACAGGCCAUGGUUCUAUAGGACAGGAAAGUUACACUUUAGGGUCUUCAGGAACCAAGGUAGCUCGGCCAACCAGCAGUGAAGUUGACAGAUUUAGCCCCUCCGGCAGUGUUGUUUCCAUGACAGAAAGAUACAGAGCCAGAAGUGAGUCUCCUGGGAGAGUGGAUGAGCCUAAGCAACUUAGCUCCCAGGUAGAAGAGUCAGCAAUGAUGGGAGUUAGCGGCUAUGUGGAGUAUCUCCGAGAACAAGAGGUAUCUGAGCGGUGGUUCCGGUAUAAUCCCCGCCUCACCUGCAUCUACUGUGCCAAAUCUUUCAACCAAAAGGGAAGUCUGGACCGCCACAUGCGCCUGCAUAUGGGAAUAACACCCUUUGUCUGCCGCAUGUGUGGAAAAAAGUAUACCCGGAAAGAUCAGCUGGAAUAUCACAUCCGCAAGCACACAGGCAACAAGCCCUUUCACUGUCAUGUUUGUGGCAAAAGUUUCCCCUUCCAGGCCAUCUUGAAUCAACACUUUCGAAAAAACCACCCUGGCUGUAUACCCCUGGAAGGGCCUCAUAGUAUUUCUCCUGAAACGACUGUAACAUCCCGGCAAGCUGAGGAAGGGUCACCUUCUCAAGAAGAAAUGGUUGCUCCUGGGGAAUCUGCCCAGGGCUCAGUGUCUACUACGGGGCCAGAUUGAAACAUUGAGGGGGAAGGGACAGACCCUCUUCCCCUCUGGGCGGUAAGCAGCCUAUAUCAAAAUCAUGGGCUGGUACUUAGAUUCACAAAAUGCCACAUCGCUUGACUAGAAGAUGUUCCCAUGGUGUUGCCAAAUUAGAGGAUCAUACAGAAAGCACGAAAGGCUCUUCUCCUCUUUCCCACCUCACUCACACUUUGGAAAAUAAUCAAGCAAAUCAGCUUCUAAUUCAGGGAUCAACAGCCUUGGUUUGUUAACUUUAUAAGAAAAAAAUGUUUUUAACAAAACUGAUCAGUGAAUGGUCAUUUAUCUACCAGUCAUGAUUGAACACUGUACUUAGGUUCAUAUCAUCUUGAUGGGUGGAAUACUAGAUCUAAAAAACAAUCAAAAAAAAAAAAAAAACCAACAACAACAGGAGCUUUGGCCAACGGAAGCAGCCUAUCAGAAGUGGGAAAGGUAGUCACACCGCCGGUGAGAAAAAGGAAUCUUUCCUUCCUCUUCCCUGCCAGAGCAUGCAUUUCCAUAUUUUAAGAAAAAAAAAAGUGAAUAUUGGUGGUUCUUGUGGUUCUAAAAGGUUAGACUGUCUUUGCCCUGGGGAGGCAUCUAAUACUUUGUCUUGUUUUGGCUACCUACUAGCAAGCAUCAUCACCUGAAGCACGUUAGGUAGGUAAAGUGAGAAGCCAAGCGUUUUCAGUGGGCACUUACGCAUCUGGGAGCAUGAUGAGGAGGAGCAGGGAAGAAAGUGUUCUUAUGUUUGCAACUACUAUACAUCGCAGAGCUGAACUGCAACUUUCUGAUUGCUGUUUGUAAACCAUAACACUUGCAUGCCUCCUUGGGUGUUUCAAAAAUGUUUCUAGUUAUGAGUUAUCCUGUUAGGCUGACUACCAAAAUUCCAUCCUCUUCAGCUCCUAGUUUCCUAUAACAGCAAUAUUGUACAUCAGAAACGUCACUUUUCAGUCAAAUGAGCCUGGAUUGUAUUUUUAAAUCCAUAGAUCUCCACAUUUGAUAACUUUUAUAUGAAUUUUUUAAACAUUUUUUUCCGCAAUAUUGUAGUUGAAGAGAGAUUCGACACUGUUGUUCUUAUUGCAACCACAGUUUCAUUCCCUUCUAUGUGUUUUGUACUUUAUAUUUCCAGUCCGAUGAAGAACCUCACUUAAACCUAUGUCUUGGUUUUGCAAGUCUAUAUAUAAUUCAUAAACCAAUUAGCAAAUUGCUGGAAACUCUUAAGAGUUUUUUUUUUUUUUUUUAAAUAAUACACUACAGGGCACUUCACUUACAAGACAAUAUCUUGCACAAUCAUGUUGCAAUAAAUGAUCAAGGGAUCAAUUUUUAGCAGGUGUGGUUACAUAAUCAUUCCUAAGAUUUUUAAAACUUCAAGGGACUAUUUUAGUGAUUUUGAGUUUUUCUGAGAUUCUUAACCCAGCUCUGAAAGAAUUUACCAAACACAUAGAGCUUUAUAUGCCCUGUCUUGCAUGCAGAGAGACAAGUAGGAAUGUUAGACAGUACAGGCAAAGAGGUGCCAGAAGUCUACAGUGCAAGUAGAAGUCUCUAGUUUCUCCUGAGUGGUUUUUAAAGUAUAUUUAAAGGUGUAAUGGUUUAAGUAAUUGUUUUGGUACAGGGAUAUGUAUGAUUCUAAGAGAUUUGGGAGAGGGGUUGGUCCUGCCUGCACUAGUGAGCCAUUUAUGACAAUGUGAAGCUUGUGCUCCUUGUGAGCACCUUGGGUAUGGAAAAGUGGAGAAAAUGCAUUUUUGGUGGGAAACUGGAAUGCAAAGGGUAGCUUUAAGCAAUCUGAUAAUUGUAUAUACUGUAUCACUAGAGAAAGGUUUUCUCUUGUGGAAAAAGAAAAGAAAUUCAUCUUAAAAGGAGUAUUAUGGUGCUCCAAUAGAAGAGCCUGCUCUUAAAAACAGCAUGGAGGAGUUGUGUCUUAUUGUUGAUCAUCAUAGGCAAGCUUCUUGCUACUUAGUUGGGCAACAGCAUGAUAGAGUGAAAACUGUCUCGUAGAGUUACCUUAGGGAUUGCUGUGCUCUGUGGCAUAAAAACAUAGAGUUGAAGUUCUCGGGAAACAUUUUAGCUUAUAUUCUAGCUUAUAUUCAAGGCUUUCAGUGGACAGACGUUGUCAUUACUGAACAGGCAGGUACCUGGGAAGUACAGAAAAUGCUGCUUUAGAUGAUUUUUUUUUAACUGGCCAAAAAUAUUUUACAUCUACCCUACUUUUGAAAAGUUAAGCUGUAUGCUAAAAAGUUGUUUUUUGCAUUGUUAACUUUUUAGGCUAUAUAUGAGAAAAUAGAGCUUUUAACUAUUACCAAAUUAUAAAGGUUCAGGUGCAGUAAUUUUGUACAGAGAAACUCCAUCAAGUUCAGCCACUAACAUCUUGAAUGGGUAGAGACUGUUGAGAUGUCAGGCAUGUUUGGCAGGUUCCCUUCUGUUUUCAUUCUUCUCUAAUAGGUUCUCAUUAUAUUGAUACUGUGAAGAGUGCUUCUGGUCCUGAGACCACAUCAGCACAGUCUUCUUUGCUAGUCUCUCCUCUAAUUGGCCUAGCCAGAGCCAUGAAAUUCAUGAGACUUGUAGCCAGGCUACCUUUGAAACAAAUUAAAGUUUUCAAAGAUAAUCAUCUGUUUUAUUUAGAAGUGGUACCUAAUUCAAAUAUCCAGGAUUCUUAUCCAGAUUCACUGUGAGAUUGCACUGCUUCUUUGCUAACAUCACUGUCGGGUCAUAAGUAGAAUGCUCUAUAUAUUAAUGAAUAUUAGUAUGCACAAGGAGUAUGCUCAUUAAGGGUACUAAAUGGGCUUUAGCUGAUGCUGAAACUUACUACCAAAUCUUGACUUGCACAUGUCACCUGUGAGGGGAACUGCAUUAGCAGUGAGAGCUAAAUCAGUAAAUAACUUAAUGCCAUGGAAUUGCAAUAUCAGAACUAUUAUCAUUGAGGGGUACUUAGCAGAGAAGCUAUCUAGUAUUGUCAUCCAAAGCAGAGAGUUGGUUACAUGUGUAUCUAUUUUUACUCUAAAUAGACUUUGUAUUCUCUCUAAAUUCUGAUACUGAUAUAAACUGUGGCGUUCACAUGGCAGUAACACUGUAUUUACUCAGAAAGGCUCUUCCUAAUGAAUUCUUCCCUUUUUACACAGAACCAUAAUUACCUCUAAACUGAGUUGAAUUUUAUUUUAUAUAAAUUCCAAGCAACUUCAUAGUUUGGGGGGAUCUUGUUUUGUUUUUAGUAUUUGAGACAGGGUCUUUGCUGUCAUGGUCCUCACUAUAUAGCUCAGCAGGGCCUUGAACUCAUAGGAAUCCUUCUGUCUCAACGUCCUAAGUACUGAGAUUACAGGCAUGUGCCACCACACGUGUUCCCCAUUCCAUUUUGUUUUACUAAAGAACUAAAUCUAAUUGGACUACAUAAAACUGAAUUAGUUUGUAAAAGACAAAAAAGAAAGAAAGCAGUUAAGAAAAGUUUUCUUGUAUGUUUGCCUUUUUUUUCUGUUUCCAGAUCCCUUGACAUCAGUGAAACAAAGAUGGUAUGAGAGUAAAUGGAGACUGUCCCUGCCUCUUCAUAGUGGGAAUUCAGCUUUAGGUGGGACUGUCUGGUGGAUGGGUGAUGUCUAGAACUUCAUUUGUAUAACUGAGUAGUCCUUUGUCCACAAAUAGCUUUGCACAGCCUUACUCUUAAUGCAUACUAGUUGUUUCUUUUAACUGGCGCAAUUAUUUCUUGUUUAACAAGGAGGUCUAAUUUAAAGAAAUAGAAGCAGUGGAAAAUGGAAAAGGAAGGCCUUUUUUCUUCUUGUUCUUUUGGUUUUCAAGACAGGAUUUCUCUAUGUCGUUCUUGCUGUCUUGGAACUUGCUCUGUAAACCAGGUUAGCCUCAUACUCAAAGAUCUCCUGCCUUUGCUAGGACUAAAGGCAUUUGCUAUCAUUGCCUGGCAAGGAAAGACUGCUUAAUGUAGUAGAAAACCUCUUAAUAAGAAAGAGUUGACAUCCUAUAGGUAAGCAGGCAUAAUUUACUUUUCUCUUCCAAGUAUGUUCUUUUCCUUAUUUGUACACUUAUUUAUUCAAGGAAUAUUCAGUGAAUCAUUACUGAGCAAUCUUUGGAAAUGGAGCUUUUUACAUGAGGCCACAAUGGAAAAGAACUUAAAAUACUAAAAUAUUUUCAUAGCUGAGUUAGGAAAGAAACAACAAGCUGUUGCCAGGUAAAUCACUGACUUUGAGAGUAGCCCUCAGCAAAGCAGAUCCCUAGGGUUUAUAGGUUAAAUCAGGGUUCAGCAAACCAUGGCCCUAAAAUCAAAUAUGAAGGAAAGUAUACCCUAACACUUAUUUGUUUAGCUAUUGUUUAUGGUUUCUUUGUACUAUGAUGAUAAAGUUGAGUACUUGGCUAACAAAGCCUGAAAAUACUGUGGAAGGUGUCAAAGGUUUGCCAUCUUCAGCUUACUUUUGGAAGGUUGACUCUAAAUUAUUACUCCUACUAUUUCACCUUUAGCAUAGUGUAAUUGAGGCCUUGAAUUCAUAAUCACAUCUGCAUUGGAUACUUGAGAAGAGUGUGUCAUCUUUUCCUAGAUCCCCAUAAACCCUCUUGGUUUUUCUUCUGCUUGAUUCCCAUUCCAGAAAGGAAAAGUAGAAUGGGUUAUAAGCCAAAAAGAAGCUGGAUUAUGAUUUGCCCUUGCCCAAAAUGUAUAAGUAGAUUAAGUUUAGCAUAGUAGCUGUUUAUAACAAAACAUCUCUUAUAAGAAAAAAAAUCCCACUUAUAACAGUGUGGAGUUAAAUGGGUACCCUAUUCAAAAAGUUAAUGCUUUUGUAAAUUUUGCCAUUUCUGAUCUUGCUUAAAGUGAUUUGCAUAAUAAUGGCAUAAAUGAACUUAACCUCCUAGGAUUAAAGAGUAAUUUCUAUUAUGGAAAGUUAUUACUGGUUGUGGUGACUCUUGCCUGUAUCCUAGCACUUAGGAAGGAAGGUGAAGAUAAGGCUCAGGAGUUCAGAUUUAUCCUUGGCUACAGAAAGUUUGAGGGUAGCCAAGGCUAUGUGAGACUGUCUCAAAAAAAACAUAACAAAAGAUGUUUUGAUUCUUAUCAGAUGUACUGUUUUUCUAGAUUAGAUACCUGUAUUUUUCCCUUUAUUUUAAUCUUCCUAGGUAAAUUCACUCUGUCCUCAUUUAGACAAAAAAAAAAAAAAAAAAAAAAACUCUAAUCUUUUUCUUUUGUAUGUGUUAAAGCAUAGAUAGUAAAAUGUCAAGAUUUCAAAUUUUUCUUAGGCCCAUUCUUAUAUAACUACUAUUGUCUAAUUUGUUAAAAUACAUGUUGGACUAUUACAUAUUUACUUAGGGAAGAUUCAUUCUUAGUGUUAUACAAGGUGUGGAGAAAUGUGAAAUGCUAAAUGUCUUCAUAGAAACCCUUGUAAGAGGAGAAUAUGAUUCUUCCCCAUUUGAAAAUACGUGGGCUUCAGAGUUUCAUUUGGGUGGUUUACUAGACUAUGCUAAUGCAGUACAGUGAGUUUGAUUUGUUAUGAGUCCUAGUGUAGAUAAAGAUAGGAUGAGUCACUGGUCUCCACAUAAGACAUGUCUUUGGUUCUUUUGGUUUGGUUUGGUUUGGUUUUGCUAUUUUUUGUUGCUGUUUUUUUACUUUUGUUUUUUAUUUAUUUGUUUUCUGACAGGGUCUCACUGUGUAACUCUGUCUAGUCUAGAACUCCCUAUGUAGGUCAUACUGGCCUGGAACUCACAAAAGAUCUCUCUGCCUCUGCCUCUCAAGUGCUGGGACUAAAGGCAUUUGUUACCCCACUGACCACUGCUUUGUUCUUAAAGUUGCCUUCUAAUAAGAUAUUUCUGUGUUUUAUGUGAUAUCGCCUCUGAAAAAUUGAUAAUCUUCAUUGUAAAGUUUCAGAAUAUUCAUCUAAGUUAAGUCUGUCUCAGAGCACAUUACACUCAGUCAUAAUGGGUUUUCUGGCUGAUCUGGGACCUGUUACUUGAGAGAGAACUUGGCUGCACAUAACUGAAUCAUUUCAGCUGUGCACUGUUUGAGGUUUUGCUAAUAGAUGUCAUUUAGGGAUUGAUUGAAAGCAUUGGAGUUUGCCAAGCAUUGUGAUUAAUUCUCAGUGUUUUUGCUUCUCUGCUUUCUAGUGUUUUUCCUGGUCUUCGGAGCAGGAUUUUUAAAUGGUGCUUUUUCCCAGACUGGUGUUUUACUUAAGAUAGUAAGUAGGCUUUCUUCCUCAGGACAGGCCAGAGUUGAAAAGUGUGCGUAUGUUAGAAUACCUGAGCUUGUUACAUUACAAAGAAUUAUUGCUAAGGACAGUGACCUAAAACCUUUAGAGGUGUCUGUACAGAUCAUCCAUUUCGGUUGUGUUAGACCGUCUUUUCUCAGAUGAUACACAGCAAUACUAGAAAGACACACAGUUACCUGAAUUCUACAUUAUCUUUGUAGAGGAUAUAAAAAUGUUUUUUUAUAAAUAAUUUCUAAUCUCACAUCCUUCCCCUUCUAUAUCAGAAACACUUCUUAACACAGUUACAAGAUCUCCAGUAGCUCAACUAGUACAAGCUUUAAACAGCAAAGCUAACUUAGGAAGGCAGAGCAUACUGUGUGUGACAGGGUGCUUUUCUAAUGCUUGUUAUCUGUGUUUGCUCAGUAGUUCCUGUGGAGGAACCUUAAGUGCAUAAGGUAAUCUAUCUUGAGUGUCCCAUGUGACCAACACCAUAAUUUAAUACCAUGAAUUUUAGGAUAUGAAUUAUUCCAUAAUGCCAGAAGUUAAAGUAUCUCAUAGAAACAUAUGCAACUACUUAUCUUCACUGGUAGGUAAUAUAUAGGAAACUAUGUCCAUAAUAGGCCAAGCGGUGGUGGCGCAUGCCUUUAAUCACAGCACUGG